UCCUUUUUUUUUUUAAACAUAAAACCCACAACUUUGCGGCAUUGAGUGAGAUCAAGGGAUUCAAGGGUUUUCGUCGAAAUUGUAGUAGAAUUUAGCUUUAUGUGGCUGCAGCGGCAGUGAGCUGGAGCGGCGGCUACCGCGAGGAUGACGGAGAUCCCCAAGCUGGAAAGGCUGCCGCUGGGGUUCCGCUUCCACCCGACGGACGAGGAGCUCAUAAACCACUACCUCAAGCGCAAGAUCCGUGGCCGGAUCGAGCCCGGCGACGAUGUCAUUCCCGAGAUCGACGUCUGCAAGUGCGAACCCUGGGAUCUCCCCGAUAAGUCGUUGAUCAAGUCGGAUGAUCCCGAGUGGUUUUUCUUCGCGCCCAAGGACAGGAAGUACCCUAACGGGCUCCGGUCUAAGAGGGCCACGGAGGCCGGCUACUGGAAGGCGACGGGGAAAGACCGCGUCAUCCGAUCCAAGGCCACCGUCCUCGCCGGGAAGCGUGACGUCAUCGGCAUGAAGAAGACUCUCGUUUUCCAUCGCGGGCGCGCUCCCAAUGGCGCGCGCACCAACUGGAUCAUCCACGAGUACCGCACAACUGAGCCGGAGUUCGAAUCCGGUGACCAGGGUGGUUAUGUUCUCUAUCGCUUAUUUAAGAAACCUGAAGAAACUAGUUCCAACUCCAACAUUGAGGAAACAGUAGCUGGUGAUUGCUCUCCAACUUCAAAGAAAUACUCUCCUGAUAAUUUUCAGCAUGGAACAGUUGACUUGGAGGAAAAUGAAACUCCACUUAAUCAUCACUCUCCAAAAUCAGAUUCGCAAGAACAACCGGUGUCCUCAAUGGAUCCAUUUGAAAAGAAACCAGAGAGUAUCAUGAAGCAGAUUGAGGAUAUGGCUGAUCAUUCAACUACUUACUCUAUGCAACCAGAUGUGAGCCAUUGCCAUUUGGCUUUACAAGAGAAAGAGGAGUCGAAAGCUAGAGAAAAGGAUGUUUUAGCUCAUUUUUCCAAUCUAGAGUACCAACAAACAGAGUCCAGUUAUUUCCCUGACAUCAGCUCCCCAAUGCUACCUUACACAGACUACCCUUUCUUUGGUAAUAUCAGUAAUGGUUUGGUUCCUGCUGUUAGAGCAGAGCAAGAUUCUCUACAUGAUCUCUUGAAUUUGAUGCUAAAGGAAGAAGAAAGUGUCUCUGCUACAGCAACCUUUGAAAACGAUUCAUUUGGUGAGAAUUUGGUCAGACACAGGUUGCUGGACUCACCAUCUGUAAGGAACAAUAUAGGGUUGGCCAGUGAUUUAGAUACUACAGUAGGUUUAGCUCAGAGACCUGCAGAUGCUGAAUCUUUUGAUUGGUUUGAUGGUACAUUUUCCCUCUCAAAUAUUCUGGAGCCCCAGUUGGAUACAGGAAAUGAAAGUUUAAAUCUUCAUGGCAGCAUUAAGACACAAGUGCAUCCAAUUUCCUCCUAUAUUCAUCCCUCACAAGACAUGUUCGGUAACAUUGAUAACUCAAACAACCAGAAAAAUAUCGCUGGCAGUAGUAAUAAUUUGGAGGGGAUUGGAAUUGAGAUCAGAUCUCGUGGUUCUGAUGUUCUUCCAAAUUCAGAUGUCCAGCAGGGAACCACCACAAGAAGGAUGCGUUUGGCGAGUGCUGUUCUAUUUCCCAGUGUUGAUAGUGAGUCCAGCACCACUAUAUAUGAUCAUGAAAAGCAACAAAAACCAACAAAUGUUUUGGAAUUAGUGUGUGAGGAUGUUGAUGGAUCUGCUAGAAAGGAAGGUAAACUGCUCAAUAACAGGACAGGAAAGUCAGUUAAAGUUUGGCACCACCUAAACUCCAAGAAAUCUUUAUCCCAGUAUCAUUAUUCAGCAAUAAGAAUCAUUUUACGAAGGAAAUGCAAAGUUAGGUUGUUUUCUUGUUUGAAUAGUAAAUCAAGAAGUAGCUCAAACCAUGUACAGGAAGUCACAAUCAUGCAGAAAGGCGUCCCUGCCAACGAUAUUACUUCUGAAGUCCAGCAAAGCUUAAGCUGUUCUUUUCCUGAUAAACCUGUGCGUUUUUCUGCUCAUGAUCGUACCCCAUAUAUUUCAGAUGUUUAUAAACGGACGUCUAAGGCAGUUACAAGAUUGACUGUCGACCAUAAUUGUUUACAUAUUGACUCAUCUUUUCAACAGAAAGCACCACGAAGCCAUUCAGUUGCUCUUUACCUGAUUUGGUUGACUGUUAUGGUGGUCCUUGUGCCUCUAUGUCUCGAUCUAUGGGGCAGAAUUGUCUAUUUGUAGAUAGUAGUUCUUGUUGUAUAGUUUCCUUGUAGAUGUAUUAUAUAAGGAUGCAUGUUCUUAGAAGUAGACAGGGUUUUAGUUAGUUGCUUAAUGUGGCUGUCCGUUCCACCCUUUACAUGUAAUUUCUUUGGCCACAAGGUUUUUCAUAAUGUAACAGAGGCAACUUGAAUUACCCCAAAUUCAAUCCUAAACCUGCACCAACAAGGCCAUUAAUGUUACCCUCGUGGCAGCUCUUUUCUACUCCGACAAUUAGAAGAAACAAGAGGAGGGAAAUCAAUAAUAAGGCAACUCCCCGGCUUUAUUUGGCUCUCUAUCUGGAUCGUAUCUUUGUUGGAUGAGGUGUUGUCUUUAUCUUCUUUAGCGGACUGUGGAGUAAGUAUUAGAUGGUCUUUGAUAAUUCUAUACAUAUGUUUGAGAUUAAAAGUAGUAUUAUUAUUUUUUUCGUGAUAUUUUGCAUAUGCAAGUUGCAAUAUAUUUCAUUGUAGUAGCUUGCAACACGUCUCAAGAAAAUAUCCUGUCUUUUGAUCAUUGUUGAUGAUUGGGUCAUUGCUAUUGGUGAUUCACUUUUGUAUAGUUGAGUCUCUGGGCAGAAGUUGGUGUUAUUAGUUAGGGUAAUGUUGUUGCUUGUGGAUUAGAAAAUUCAUAAAAAGAUUAUGGAUUA